UAGUUCAUUGCUUUGCUGGACAAUCUCGGAGUGCUUCUAUGGUUAUUGCGUAUCUGAUGAGGAUGGAAAUGCUCUCCGGGAAAGAAGCUUUAGCAUCAUUGAGACAAUGCGCUCAGGCUAGUCCCAAUCCUGGCUUCUUAAAACAGUUAGAUUUGUUUGAGAGAAUGAACUUCAAAGUCGACCGUUCCAGCCCUAUUUACAAGCACUUCCGUCUAAAAGCUUUAGGUUACUUAUAUAGCAAGGAUAAGAAAUUUGAUAGAUUGAAGUUGAGAGCUGAUCCGGAAAUAAUGUCGAAUGAGAGUAGUGGUAGUACGUACCAUUGCAAGAAGUGCAAGAGAAUUUUGUUUUUUCAAGAGCAAGUUAUUGAUCAUACUCCAGGUGAGGCUGAUUCAGAGUUCGAUGACAUGUUCAAAAACAUGAUAGGAGAGGUUCGCAACAAGAACCCCGGUGAUCCGAACCAAUGUACUUCCAUAUUCGUAGAGCCUAUCGUAUGGAUGAACACAGUGGAAGAUUUUGUGUCUGAAGGGAAGUUAUUGUGUCCUAAGUGUAGCGCUAAGGUUGGAAGCUUUGACUGGUCGGGGAGUUAUUGUAGCUGUGGAAGCAAGAUUGUUCCGGCGUUUCAACUUCAGAUGAGCCGCGUCGAUGUUAUCACUGUGAAAGAUGGCGUGAAGAAGAAGAAGAACAACAAGCAUGAUAAGAGAAGAGUCUAA